GUAUAAAUUACCUACUUCCUUUUCCAAGAAGUCUCACACCGAAGAAGUGGAUCUCAGAUAUUGGUGAUAGAAGAAUCUACAUUCAUCCAUCAAUAUGUAUAUUUUCCAAGAGAUUUCCUCAGGUGAUGAUCUUUUCACAGAUGCUGCCAAGUAUAAAGAAGAUGAAGAUGGUUUAUAUUAUGAAGUUGAAGCUACUUUAAAAACCGAAAGUAAUAAAUUUGAUGACAGAUUAAUUGGGGCUAAUCCUAGUGCAGAAGAACAGGUGGAAGAAGCUGAUGAUUCUGCUGUUAGUGGACUUGAUGUAGUUCUUGAAAAUAACCUUGUUUCCACCAGUUACGAUAAAUCCCAGUUUGGUAAACUCAUUAAAAGUUACUUUGCCAAGGCAUUAGAAUCGAAAAAAGAUGCCGAAAAUCUCCCUGAAAUUAAAAAACGAUGUGAAAAAGUAAGCAAAGAAUGGUAUGGUAAAUACAAGGAAAUGGAAUUCUUCGUCAGUAAAAAUUUUGGUGACCUAACAGCUUUCUCUUGGUAUACUGGUGAUCGUGAAGCUAAAAUGAUUUUCUUCAAAUUUGGAGUAAAGAAGAUUAAAUGUUAAAGAAAUAUUGGUAUGGGUAGAAAUUUUAAAAUCCAAAGGGUUCCAUCAUAUUUUAGAACAUAAAUAUUACGAAAGGCUCAUCAACACCAUAUAAUGACCAGGGUUUACAGAAAUCAUUUGGAGCUCUUCACCAUCUGUUGAUUCAUCUUCUAUUGGCAUCAGUGAAUAGGACUUCUUAUCUUACAUCAACCAACCUUGUCAAUGAUUUUAGAGCUGUUAUAUAUAUUUUGAUAUAGGUCACCGUUUGAUAUAUAAUAUCUGAAUUUAGACCCUGGUGAAAUUUUUUGCUUGCAAUAUUUUUAUUUGGCUUUUGUAUUCCCCCUUUUUCCUGGACAAAAAAACGACUGCUGAAUUUUAAAGAGUGAUCUAUUGCCAUUGAAGGUUGGUUAUGUAUAAAAUAUGUAAUAUAAAAGUUGAUAAAUUAUUAUCAAUACUUAACAAAUUUUUAGCUCUUUAUGUCAAACAACACUACGCAAAAUAAAUUAUUAAGUUAAAAUUGUU